GCCUUUUACCUCAUCAGCGUAGUUGAAUUAAUGGCUUCCCUGAGAACUAUUGUUCCAAUUCUAACCUUCUUCUUUUUCUUGCUUGCCUUCUCUGAAGGCAAAGAGUUUCUGGUUGGAGGCAAGGAAGAUUCUUGGACUAAUCCACGUUCUUCAGAUUCUCUCAAUCUGUGGGCUGAGGAAAACCGAUUCAAUGUUGACGAUUUUCUCAUCUUCGAAUACAAUCCCAACACUGACUCAGUGCUUCAAGUGACAAAGGUGGAUUACGAGAGCUGCAACAAAUCUAAUCCAAUCAAAGAAUACAAGGAUCCAAAAAUGAAGGUUGAGUUGGAGAUGUCAGGACCAUUCUAUUUCAUCAGUAAAGCUGAGGGACGCUGUGAGAAGGGCCAGAAGCUAACUGUGGUCGUUUUAUCCCAUGGAUACCAUUCGCCGAAGCAUUCGUCUCCAUUGCCGGCGCCGGAGUCUGCUCCGGCAACACAGGCUCCUUCGCCACAGUUUGCUCCAGCAACACAGCCUCCAUCGCCACAGUCUCCACCGCCAAACAGUACUAGUGGUUCUCUUGGAUUGAAGGGCGGGUUUAUAGCAAUUCUUGUGAGAAUAUUAGUGACUUUGUUGGAAAUGUGGUUUUUUUGAGGAACAGAGAGUAUAGAGGGGAGAUGUCAACUUUUAUUUUCAAUAUUAUUAUGUAUGUGUGAAUUAUGUAGAAGAUGUACAUGAUCUUAAGUCAUGUUAUGAAGCUACUACGAAUCGUAUGGAAGGAGUUGCAGUAUGUAUAAUUUGUUUGGCUUGCUAUGAAUUAAUGUUUCAUUUUUGCUUGA